GAGACAAACGACAAGCACACCAUGAGAUCUCUUUUCCUAAUGAUGUUUUUCAUCUUCGUUUCGGCAGAUUCAAUCAUGGCGGAUGAAGCAUGUCCAAAUGGCUGGUACGAAUGUGACGGGAGGUGCUAUGGGUUGUUUAUCAAUCAAACCCACAAUUUGACAUGGAUUGAAGCUAGAGAAAGCUGCUGGUCUAAAGAUGCCUUCCUUGCUGCAAUAACUACCACUGACGAUUAUGGAAUGCAAUAUGGGAGGGAGGAAGAGGCUUGCAUAAAAGAAACGCUGCUCAAUUGGAAGAGUACAGAACCACUCCCGUGUAUUGAAGAUGAACCGAAGCAAUCUGUAUACGCAGGUUUGAUGACAGGUGCUAGAACCUGCGACUUAUUGGUGACAACUAUAAAUGUCGUAAACACAUCUGAGGUCAACAUUACAUGGAGCCAAGCAGAAUGUAGAGAACAUGUCACCGAUACGUUCAUGUGUGUGAAAAUGAAGAAAACCAAUCUGGAUCGGGAUAACAACCUACCAUGCCCAGCACGACGGCCGUGCGAGUGCAUCGACUCAUUAUACGAUGAAGGAAGCGUAGUUUGCCAUAGAGUAGGAUUGUUAACAAUGCCAAUAGAUGUUUCACCAAAUGCAAGUGGGAUAUAUGCAAGUAAUAACAGAAUAAGUUACAUCGAAAGUGGAAUGUUUCACGGAAUGUCACAUAUCCAACAUUUAUCUCUUGAUAUGAAUGUGAUACGCGAAAUUUCUUCGUUUGGGUUCAAGGGGCUGAAUAAACUAGAAAGCCUUUCAAUAAAAGAUAAUAGAAAGCCACUAAAGCUAAUGAGCAGAUCCUUUGGGGGAUUACAUGAACUAAAGAUGUUAAAAUUAUCUUUAAUGUUUAGGCUGGAUUAUCCGGUAAAUGAUAGAUUAUUUCAAGAUUUAACUUCUUUACAUACAUUACACAUUAUGGGGUGUGAUAUAAAACGUAUAGAAGAUGUUUUUCUGCCUAAUCCACACCUGUUGCGAUCAUUACGCACAAAUGAACACAAUAUAUUGGAUUCAAUGUUUAGAAACCCAACAAAUUAUAGUAAUCUGGAGGUGCUAAGCUUACAUGGACCAAUAUCAGACAGACAAUUUGAUGGUAUGAAUAAACUGAAAAUUCUACAUCUUUUAAAUGUAGACAUACUACGUGUACAACGUUUAAAACCGGCUAUGUUUGUAGGUCUUGAUUCAUUAAAGGAGCUGUUAAUUUCCUGUAACAUCCGCACGAUUGAGCAAGAAACAUUUACCCCACUUAAAAAUAUUGAAAAAAUCUCGAUUUACCUGGAUACAUUGCCCAAAUACCCACUGACAUUAUUCCAAGGUCUUGAGAAGUUGACUGAAGUUAAAAGUGAUCAUAUGGAAUUGUGUUGCAUAGUUCCAACAACGGU